AUGGAGAUAUCUGAAAAAGAAUCAAACCAUCCUAGUCCUACCCCUGACACCUCGCACAAUGACACCCAGCUCGGCACGAAAGAGGAUAUCGCCAGCUCUGAUGGUGCACAUCUGCAGCGCCACCUCAACUACCGGCAGGUGCAGAUCAUGGCCAUGGGAGGAUCCAUCGGCACCGCCUUGUUCGUCAACAUUGGCGGCGGUCUCGCAAAGGGCGGUCCCUUGUCCCUACUCCUAGGCUUCACCAUAUACUCCCUGAUCCUCUCCUGCGUCAACAACUGCAUCGCCGAGAUGACCGUUCUCCAUCCCGCGCCGGGCGGUUUUAUUCGCAUGGCCGGGAUAUGGGUCGACGACGCCUUUGGCUUCAUGGCGGGCUGGAACUUCUUCCUCUACGAAGCGCUAACGAUACCGUUCGAGAUCACCGCAUUGUCCAUGACGCUCUCGUUCUGGAGAGACGAUAUUCCCGCCGGAGCAGUGGCGGCUGUCUGCAUUGUAUCUUAUUCUUGCUUAAGCGUCUUCGCCGUCAAAGUCUACGGUGAAGCAGAGUUCUGGGGCUCCGGCGGCAAGAUGCUGCUCAUAUCGAUUCUGUUCGCAUUCACAUUUGUGGCCAUGGUAGGCGGGAAUCCGCAGCACGACGCCUUUGGAUUCCGGCAUUGGAGAGACCCCGGGCCUAUGGCUGAGUACCUGAGCGCAGGCAAUCUCGGCCGCUUUGAGGGGUUCCUGGGAUCAUUAUGGAUGGCCAGCUUCACGACUGUUGGGCCGGAGUACGUCACCCUGAUCGCAGCGGAGACAAAGCACCCGCGCACAUACGUGAAGAAAGCAUUUCAGACCGUCUUCUGGCGUUUCCUGCUCUUCUUCAUCAUGGCCGCCGUCAGUGUGGGCAUUCUCGUGCCAUACGACGAUCCUGCUCUGAUCGCAAACUUUGUCACCAACACCGCCGAUGGCAGCAAAUCCGGCUCCUCCCCGUUCAUAAUCGCCAUGGGGAAUCUACAGAUCUCGGGAUUGCCGCAUGUGAUGAACGCGCUACUCGUCACGACCAUCUUCUCUGCGGGAAAUACGUACAUGUACUGCGCCAGCCGCAGCCCCUACGCCUUGUCAUUAGAAGGCCGCGCGCCCCGGAUCCUCUCGAAAUGCACCGGACAAGGCGUGCCCAUCUAUUGCGUCCUGGUGACGAUCUGCUUCCCGCUCCUCUCCCUCCUGCAACUCGGCGACGCCUCGAGCCAGGUCCUUACCUGGCUCACGAACAUCCUUACCGCUGGAGGCCUGAUCAAUUACUUUACCAUGGCCGUCACGUACGUCUUCUUCUACCGCGCUUGCAAGGCACAGGGCGUCGAUCGUACGGCCUUCCCUUACUACGGGCGCUUCCAACCAUAUGCGGCGUGGGCUGGGGUCGUCGGUGAAGGACUCAUCAUUCUAUUUUUUGGGUACGGCAGUUUCUGCCCCUGGGAUGUCUCGAGUUUCUUUACAAACUAUACGAUGGUGAUCUUCGCUUUUAUGACAUUUAGCUACUGGAAGGUCGUCAAGCGGACCAAGAUGGUGAAACCGCUUGAAGCGGAUUUGGUCUGGGAGAGGCCGAUUGUGGAUUCUUACGAGAGAUCCACGCUAGAAAAGCCACGGGGCUUCUGGAGGGAGAUGGGGGAGUGGGUUAGGGGCGUCAGAAACAAAGCUGAUGGACACGGGCAGGAAUACUGA